AUGUUUUAAAAAAUAUUCGGUAGAUCUUUCUAUAUAGAUAGCUCAUUCGAGAGAAACAUUGUGCCAAUUAAUCCAUAGUAACUCAGCUUUGGCAUAACUUAGAUAAUUCACAAGCUGAGUACUGUCCCUCAUACUUUCCUGUAUCUACAUGAAAGUCUUUGUUUUGUGAUCUAAGCCAAAUCCCCAGAAAAACAGCUCCCUCAUGUGCUGAAAGUGUUACGCUGAUUGUUUUCAUUUAUCCUACUGGUUGCGGUCGACAUCAGGAAUUUGAAGAGAAACUUGAUGAUAAGUUAUAUAUAAAUCAAAUAGAUAAGAUUGCGAGGACAGGUUCGUCCUGGCAAAUUCCAAAGAAAUGCUUGGGAUAUAGAAAUGGAGAGACAAGUACACCAAAUAGUCUAUUGGGAGAAGUAUGACUUAAGUUCGUAAUUUCAUCUGCUCCAAAAUUCAGAAGUCAUAUAUAAACCAAAGAGAUAAGUAACAAUCAUGGCGUUUCUUAUUGAUGGAAUUGUUGGAAAACUUCUGGAGUUAACAAUUAUGCCAGUUGGACGCCAAGUGGGUUAUCUAAUCUACUACAAGUGGAACGUCAAAAAACUAGAGGACCAACUGAAUGACUUGGUUGCUGUGAGUCAUAGUGUGGAGCGCAAGGUUGGUGAAGAAAAGAGAAACAUAAGAGAAGUUGAAGAUGAUGUCAACAAAUGGCUGACAGAUGUCCAAGAGAUCAGAAGAGAGGCAAUCGAGAUCUUGAAUGAAGAACAUAAAGAAAAGAUGAAGUGUUUUUGUGGAUUUUGUCCUAAUUUAGUGCUUCGUUAUCAGCUAAGUCGAAAAUCAACAAAACUGGUUCCCGACAUUGCUAAACUCUAUGGAAAAAAGGAUUUUAACACUUUUGCAUAUGCUACCACCCCACAAGAUGUACCCACUACAGAUUAUGAGGCUUUCAGUUCAAGAACUUUAGUGGUGAACCAAAUAAUGGAUAUGUUGAGAAAUCAUCCUAAUAUUAACAUGAUAGGAGUGUACGGGCUUGGUGGUGUGGGAAAGACCACACUCAUCAAAGAAAUUUAUUGGAAAGCUACAGGAGACAAAACAUUAUUUGAUGAUGUGGCUAUGAUACUGGAUGUAAAACAAAAUCCAACCAUCCAAAGAAUUCAGAAAGAAAUCGCUGAGAAGUUAGGUCUUGACCUUCCUGAAAGUGAGACAAUUGGUGGAAGAGCACGUCGUCUAUUUAGCCGGAUAAAAGACCAAAAGACUCUUGUAAUAUUAGAUGAUGUGUGGGAAAAAAUCAAUUUGGAGGAUGUGGGACUUUCUGGUGUGGCUACUUGUAAAAUAUUGCUGACAUCAAGAACGCGAGAAGUAUUAUCCCGAGAGAUGCAUACACAAAAAGAGUUUCAACUUGAUCUUUUAGGGGAAAAAGAAGCUUGGAACUUGUUCAAGAAGAAGGCAGGUGAUGUUAUUAAAGAUCCUGCCAUAAAACCUGUAGCAACCAAAGUAGCCAAAAGAUGUGGAGCUUUGCCUGUUUUAGUUGUCACUGUUGCCAGUGCCUUGAAAAAUAGAAGUACAUUAUGUGCAUGGAAAGAUGUGUUGAGACGUUUGAAAAGCUUUGACAAAGAAGAAUUCAUAGAAAAGACACACUUGGCUCUAGAGUGGAGUUAUAAACAAUUAGAUGAUGAGGAGCUAAAGCCAUUGUUCUUGCUCUGUGGAGUUUAUGCUGAUUCUUCAAAAACUAUCCACAUCAUUUAUCUGUUGAAAUAUGGCAUUGGUUUGGGUUUGUUUAAAAACCUCAAUACAAUGGGAGAAGCAUGGGAUGCCUUAAAUUCAUUGCUUGAGAAACUUAAGGAUUCUUGUCUAUUGCUUGACCAUGAAAAUAGUGGAUGUGUCAAGAUGCAUGAUCUUGUGCAUGAUGUUGCUAAACGUAUUUUAUCAAGGGAUCAAAACGUGUUGAUAGUAGAAGGUGGUGAUGAGUUGAAAGAAUGGCCAGAUAAUAAAGAUUUUUAUGAAAAGUGCACUAUGAUCAUCCUCGAAGUGUCCAAUAUCCCCAAGCUUCCUGAAGUUUUGCAAUGCGUAGAACUGAAGUUGUUUAUUCUUAGUGCUGCUGUUCAUUGCUACCUGGAAAUCCCGUGCAACCUUUUUCAAGAAAUGGCCAAACUCAGUGUGUUGGAUUUAACUGGUCUGAGUCUCCCAUCACUACCUCCAUCUCUUAAGUUCCUAAAAAGUUUGAAGACAUUGUGUCUAGAUUUGUGCACCUUGGGAGAUAUAGCUCUAAUUGGUCAACUACAAAACUUGGAAAUGCUUAGCUUUCAAGGAUCCAAGUUUAAAGAGUUGCCCAAAGAAAUAGGGCAAUUGACUAGGCUACGAUUGUUGGAUUUGACUAAUUGCUCUCAGCUCGAACUAAUUUCACCUAAUGUUAUAUCAAGUUUGAAAAGACUAGAAGAAUUGAAAAUGGGAAAUAGCUUUAAUCGAUGGGAGGUCAAAGGAGCCAUCAGUACUGGGAAAAAUAAUGCAAGCCUUUCAGAGCUCAAGAAAUUGUCUAAGCUAAGCGCCUUGGAAAUACAUAUUUUGGAUGCUAACAUUCUUCCAACAGGUUUGUUCUCCAAAGCAUUGAAAAGGUAUCGAAUAUAUAUCGGUGAUGUGUGGGACUGGGAUGAUGAGGAUGCGAACUUCAACACACUAAAGAUCAAGCUCACAACUAGCAAUGAAUUGUAUCAAUCUGGUGUAAAUAUGCUGCUGAAAAGAACUGACGAGUUACACUUAAAUGGGAUGGAGGCUGGUAAUAAUAUUGCCUAUCAAUUAUAUUUUGACGGAUUUCAGCAUCUGAAACAUCUCCACAUCCACAAUGCUAAAUUUAAACACAUCAUUGAAGGGGAGGGUGUUUUUCCCAACUUAAAAAGGUUGGUGGUGAGUGACCUACAUUGUUUGGGAUUCUUGUUAUCAUCUUCCAUGGCUAGAAGUCUUGUACAACUCUCACAUCUUGAGGUAUCUAGAUGUCAAACCAUGGAAGAAAUAGUAUCAACAGAUGAAUCUGAUGAAAAGCAUAUGAGUGACAUAUUCUCUAAGCUACAACAUCUGAAGCUAAAAGAUCUUCCAAUCCUCACAAGAUUCUGCCCAAGAUUAUGCCCAAGGAGUUAUAGUGGAAUUCCAUCUUUGGAGAUUUCGCAACUAAAGAACAACAAUGAAAUUGAAGAAAUGGACUCAAGAGAAAACCUUGGGAAUGCUUUCUUUGACAAAAAGGUAUUAUUUCCAAGCUUGAAGGGAUUGUUCAUCAAUGGCUUGACCAAGUUAAUAACAUUAUGGCACAGCCAACUUUCUCCAGAGAGUUUCAAAAAUCUAGAGACCGUAGACAUUUGCUCAUGUCAGAGUUUGAAAAGUGUUUUCCCAUCCACAAUAGUCAGACGUCUGCAGCAGUUAAUGCAUCUGAAAGUGGUCAAUUGCGGAGUGGAGGAAAUAGUUGCAAAUGAAGACGGACUACAAACAACAACACAUGAGUUUGUGUUUUCAAAAGUAGAAUAUGUUAGAUUUGAGGGUUUGCCCCAUCUGAGGUGUUUCUAUCCCAGAAUGCAUGCUUCCAGGUGGCCGUCGCUUGAAGAUUUGAUGGUAUUUGGUUGUUGUAAAGUGGCAUUUUUAGCCCAGGAAUGUUCAAGCUUUGAGAGAGACUAUGAGUCGACGAAUCCUACUCCAACUAGCCAAGCUCUCUUUCUAAUUAAGAAGGAAUCAUUCCCCAACUUGAAACUAGUCAACGUGCAGGACAUGGACAUUUGGGAUGGUCCAGCAGUUCCGGUAAAGUUCUUUAGCAAACUAGAAUCUCUUCAAGUCAGGAAUCAGCACUCCAUGUCAGCUGUGCUUGAGAAAUUCCUUGAUCUCAAAAAACCAAGUGUAACGAGUUUUGCUGCUUCCAAUGAAAAAAGCCAUAGUGGGGAUAUAAAUGCAGUUGAGGCCCUCCCUAAUUUAAGUACGUUGCGGCUUUAUGGCCUGUCGAAGCUGAUGCAUCAAUGGGAAGACGACACCCAAUCAGCAGGCCAAAAUAUUCCGAACCUGAAAAAUCUGGAAAUAGAGAACUGUGAUAGCCUAAGGAAUCUAAGAUCAUCAGCGAUAUCCUUCCAAAAUCUGACAAACCUGGAAGUAACUGGUUGUCCGGGAUUGGAAUACUUGAUAAAUUACUCCACAGCUAAAAGUUUCAUGCAACUCACAUACCUGAGAGUUGAGGAUUGUGCAGGACUGGUAGAAAUAGUGGGUAGCAAAGAAGACGAUGAUGGUUCAGGUCAUGAGAUUGUAUUCAGCUGCUUGAAAUAUCUUGAACUUUCUAAACUACCAAGAUUGCGAGGCUUUUGCUCUGGAGAUUGCAUUGUCGGAUUCCCAUCUUUGGAAACUUUAUCCAUGAGCAAACGCCUCAAAUGGAAGAUUUUUCAUAAUGAUGAACAUGUUUCAUCACUGCAGAUAACAGACGAAAAUGUUGACACAGACGUUGAUGCUGAUGAUGGCGAAACGGUAACAAAGGAAAAGGUCGACACAAAUACUGGUGCUGGUGGUGAACAAAUUGAUGAAACUACACGGAUAACAAACAAAAACGAAGACGCAAACAUUGAUGGAUCGGUAACUUUUCAUUCACCAAACAUCUUUUCUAUUUUCAAUCUCUUACGUCUUCAUUAUACAGACAAUAAUAAAUACUAUCACAGCGGAGACUAUAAUCCAUUUUUUAGUUUUUUUUUACUUGUAUACAUAAUAUACUCAUGUCAGAUAACUAGAACUAUAAAUUUUAAAGUUGCGUAUUGCUUUCAUAAGAAAAAUAAUAGUAAUAAAAAAUUCCCACGUUGUUCAGUUUUCAACUUCUCAGAUUCAAAUGUUAUUUUCAGAUAUAUGUCUACUUGAUAUCUUCACCACAUUUCACACCAGGAAGUAGUAUAUGUAUGUCCUGGGGCACACAA